AUGUCUAAGACCUACGACCUCUACAUCCCCGGCCCCUACGAGAGCUUCGCGCAAGAUGCGACCGAGGAGCGCACAGAGUCGGGUGGCAACAGUGUGGGCUCAGGCACCGAGAGUGAGGGCCAAGGAGGUGGCGGAUCCCACAGCGAAGGCACGCAGGAGCAAUCCGGUGGCGGCGGCAGCGGCGGCAGUGCGGGGCAGGACUCAGGCUAUCAGCCCGGCGGCGGCAAGAAAACCGCCAGCGGUGAGGUGGGCUAUGAGUCCUUCGCCAAGCCCUGGGUCAUCGAGUACGCGACGGAGGAGGGCGGGCGGAACGCCUUCGACUACGAGGGCAAGGAGUUCGCCUCCGGAGGCAUGCAGAUGGGCGGAGUCCAAGACUACGCGGAGUACAUGGAGCAGUACGCCGGGCAAUGGGUGCCGGAUCAGGCCUCUGCGCUGUCGCACCAGAGCUCCCAUGAUGCCCACGAACACGAUGCCCACGAACACAAUGCCCGUGACGCGCACGACGAGCGUGAUGGACAUGAUGCCCACAACGCUCACGAGGACAAGUCUCACGAGGCGGACGACGCAAAGGACGAUGACGACUCCCACGAGGCGCACGAUGAGAAUGGCCACAACCACGGCUUCCCCGAAGCCUCGGCCCAGGAAGCGCACCACGAGAAGGGCUCGCACACGCCCAAACAUGUGCGCGGGUCCAAGCAUGGACAUGCCCACGGCGAUGCGCUUCAUGACGGCAAGGCGUCGAAGGGCGAUGAGGCGCCGGCGCCAGCGCUCCUGGCAGAGGAGCCGAUGAAGGCCCACCCCAUGCAGCCGGUGCGGUUCUCCUGGGAUCCCAAGGCCGAGGCCCUGGCCUCUGCGCGCCGAUCCGUCCGCGAGCUGCAGCAAGCGGCGCAGGACCCAGCCUAUGCCUCCUGGACCUUGUCCAAGCGCGGGAAGUUGGUGCCCGCUUCGCGCGCGGAGAAGCUGCGGAAAGCCAUGGAGGACAUCAGGCUGUUGACCCGUCGGCCGCUGGACGCGCAGUCCCUGCAGGAGCUGGAGGAUGCCAGCCGGGCCGCCUCCGGGGCCAUCACCAGGCUCGAGGAGGCGGAGACGCAGCAGCUGCGGCUGCGCGCCCAGGCGGCGUCCAAGGCCAUGCGCCAGGGCGCUGCCGAGUGGACGGCCAGGGUGAGGGAGGCCGCCCAGGACCCGGAGCUCCGGGAGCAGGCGUCCCGCGCGGGAGCGGAGCUGCAGAAGUCUCUCACAGCGGCCCUCACGACGCAGACGCAGAAGAGCAUGCAGGAGCUUUUGGCCCACGCGGAGCAGCGCAGGGGGCUGCUGCGGGGCGUGGUGGAGGCGGUGGACGUAGGGCCGCAGGCGUCUUCGGAGGAGCUCAAGGAGGCGUCUCUGGAGGUGGGCCAGGCAAGCCAGGCGUUGGCAAGGCCCCCGAUGGCCGAGCAGCUCAAGGUGGUCUCGGGUUCUUGGCUGCUUCUCCUCGUGACUGGCAGCGGCCUGCUCUGCUGCGCUGCCGGAUUCCUCCGGCGCGUGGACGGGGCAUCAAAGCAAAGGGAGUCCAAGGAGAUUGCUCUCCUGAACCUAGCUUAG